AUGGAGACCAAGACUGAAGCACAAGGAUGGAGACCAAGAAUGGAGCACAAGGCUGGAGACCAAGAAUGGAGCACAAGGCUGGAGACCAAGACUGAAGCACAAGGCUGGCGACUAAGACUGGAGUACAAGGCUGGAGACCAAGAAUGGAGACCAAGAAUGGAGACCAAGACUGGAGACCAAGACUGGAGACCAAGACUGAAGCACAAGGAUGGAGACCAAGAAUGGAGCACAAGGCUGGAGACCAAGAAUGGAGCACAAGGCUGGAGACCAAGACUGAAGCACAAGGAACGUAACCUCUCACCAACACCAGAUAAGAAUCAACAUCCUGUUCCUGUACCUCUUCAUCCAUCACCCUUCUGUACCCUUCACCCAUCACCCUCCUGUACCCUUCACCCACCUGUACCCUUCACCCAUCACCCACCUGUACCCUUCUGUUUCUGUACCCUUCACCCAUCACCUUCCCUGUACUUCCCUUCACCCAUCACCCUCUCUGUACCCUUCACCCUUCUGUACCCUUUCACCCUCCUGUACCCUUCACCCUCCUGUACCCCCUUCACCCAUCACCUUCCUGUACCCUCCACCCAUCCUUUCUCCAUCACCCUCCUGUACCCUUCACCCUCCAUCACCCUCACUUCACUCCUUCACCCAUCACCCUCCUGUACCCUUCACCCAUCACCCUCCUGUACCCCUUCACCCAUCACCCUCCCUGUCACUCCUUCACCCAUCACCCUCCUUACCCUUCACCCAACACCAACCUGUACCCUUCACCCAUCACCCACCUGUACCCUUCACCCUUCACCCACCUGUACCCUUCACCCACCACCCACCUGUACCCUUCACCCUUCUGUAUCCUUCACCCAUCACCUUCCUGUACCCUUCACCCAUCACCCACCUGUACCCUUCACCCAUCACCCACCUGUACCCUUCACCCAUCACACUCCUGUACCCUUCACCCACCUGUACCCUUCACCCUUCUGUACCCUUCACCCAUCACCUUCCUGUACCCGUCACCCAUCACCCUCCACCAAUAACCCUCCUGUACCCUUCACCCAUCACCCUCCUGUACCCUUCACCCAUCACCCUCCUGUACCCUUCACCCUUCUGUACCCUUCACCCAUCACCCUUCUGUACCCUUCACCCAUCACCCUCCUGUACCUUCACCCAUCACCCACCUGUACCCUUCACCCAUCACCUUCCUGUACCCUUCACCCAUCACCUUCCUGUACCCUUCACCCUCCUGUACCCUUCACCCAUCACCUUCCUGUACCCUUCACCCUCCUGUACCCUUCACCCAUCACCUUCCUGUACCCAUCACCCAUCACCUUCCCUGUACCCUUCACCCAUCACCUUCCUGUACCCUUCACCCAUCACCUGUACCCUCACCCAUCACCCCUCCUGUACCCUUCACCCAUCACCUUCCUGUACCCUUCACCCAUCACCAACCUGUACCCUUCACCCAUCACCCUCCUGUACCCUUCGGCCAUCACCCUCCUGUACCCAUCAUCCUCCAGUACCCUUCACCCAUCUGUACCCAUCACCCUCCUGUACCCAUCAUCCUCCAGUACCCUUCACCCAUCUGUACCCUUCACCCUCCUGUACCCAUCACCCUCCAGUACCCUUCACCCAUCACCCUCCUGUACCUUCACCCAUCACCUUCCUGUACCCUUCACCCAUCACCCUCCAGUAACCUUCACCCAUCACCUUCCAGUACCCUUCACCCAUCACCCUCCUGUACCUUCACCCAUCAGCUCCUACAUCCCUACUCCUCCUCCAGCCUCACACAUCUAUUCAGCCCCUGGUUUAAGCUGGAAUUAUACGACUGUAAUCUGCAGCUGCUCAGACUCUGCAGUAAUACCAUCAGCUCCUGCUGCCACACUCCAUGGAUGA